AACUGUUUCGGAUGAAUGACAGAGGUUUAUUAUUACCGGGCGGGCGGGCGCCGGAGAGGGGAAGGUGGAGUGGGAGCUUGCAAGCUUGGAGCUCCAGCUUUGCGGCUAAUGGCGGAGAGCGACGGCGGGGAAGCGGACCCUGGCGCUGGUCCGCAGGCUGCUGGUGGCGGUGUCAGCCGGCCGGAACCCGCCACGCGCCCGCAGCGGCCGCAGCUCACCAAGUCGCGCACCAUCUCCGGCUCCACCGCGGCCGCGGCCACGGCGGCUGCCUCCACGGCCGAGAGAGGGCGAGGCGGUAGGGACAGCAUCCUCGCCCGCCGCUCUACCACGGCGCCCCUCCCGCCGGCGGCUGCGCUGCCGCCGCGGCGGCUCACCGUCGCCGUGGACGAUCCCUCCCACGCGGCGCCCAACGGCGGCGUGCUCGACCGGGACUGGUGCUACCCGUCCUUUCUCGGCCCGCACGCCUCGCGGCCGCGGCCGCCGCGUCAGCAGCAGACGCCCGUGUCUGCAGACCGUCGGAACCCUAACAACCCUGCCCCGCCGCGGAGGGUGGCGAUCUCGCAGCGGGAGGAGGAGAAGUGCUUGGCGUCUGUGGUUAAGCAGUCGACGCUACUGGGGGAGAGGAGGCCACUCUCGCCUCCGCCCCCACGCUCUCGGCGAUUUGAUCUCCCUCCGUACCUCCUACCCUUGCUGGUCGCAACUGCCAUAAGCUCUUCCCUGGCUUUUUGGCAGUGGAUGAAAGUGCUGGGACUCCAGGAGAACAUCAGAUUAUGCGGUAGAGAUAAUGCUGUGGGCAGUGAGGGAACCGCUGAGACACCCUGGAUCCUCGGGGACCCUGGUUCCAAUUUUGCUUACUCUGAGAAUUGGAAUUUAGCUCCUAUUGCUUUCAUCAUACCUAUAUUCCUGUUUAAAUACAUUGAUCAGCUCCGGCGGAAGAAAGCAAAUUCCACCAGGAUGAGAAAUACUGAGGAAGAAGUACCGCUUGAGAAGAGGAUUGCUUACAAGGUUGAUGUGUUCUUCUCAGGGCAUCCAUAUGCUAAGCUUCUCGCCCUCCUGUUGGCCACUGUAGUUCUCAUCGCCUCGGGCGGGAUUGCGCUGUAUGCUGUUAGUGGCAGUGGAUUCCUGGAGGCUCUUUGGCUUUCUUGGACCUUUGUGGCAGAUUCAGGAAACCAUGCUGACCAGGUUGGCCUGGGUCCAAGGAUUGUGUCUGUAUCGAUUAGCUCCGGCGGCAUGCUGGUAUUUGCCACGAUGCUUGGGCUUGUAUCAGAUGCGAUAUCAGAGAAGGUUGAUUCUUGGCGUAAGGGAAAAAGCGAGGUGAUAGAGAUCAACCAUAUACUAAUCCUCGGGUGGAGCGACAAGCUGGGCUCUCUUCUGAAGCAGCUAGCUAUAGCAAAUAAAAGUAUUGGGGGCGGUGUAGUUGUUGUUCUGGCAGAAAGAGACAAGGAGGAGAUGGAGAUGGACAUAGGAAAGCUAGGAUUUGACUUCAUGGGAACAUCUGUAAUAUGUAGAAGUGGCAGUCCUCUAAUUCUAGCAGAUCUGAAGAAGGUUUCUGUUUCUAAAGCGCGUGCUAUUAUAGUUUUAGCAUCUGAUGAAAAUGCAGACCAGAGUGAUGCAAGAGCUUUGCGCGUCGUACUGAGCCUGACUGGAGUAAAGGAGGGUUUAAGAGGACAUAUUGUUGUAGAGAUGAGUGAUCUUGACAAUGAACCUUUAGUGAAACUGGUUGGAGGUGAACUAAUUGAAACAGUUGUUGCCCAUGAUGUGAUUGGCCGUUUGAUGAUACAGUGUGCGCUACAACCUGGCCUUGCACAGAUAUGGGAGGAUAUUUUAGGAUUCGAAAAUGCAGAGUUCUAUAUUAAAAGAUGGCCAGAAUUGGAUGGCAUGCGGUUUGGGGAUGUUUUGAUCUCAUUCCCUGAUGCUGUGCCUUGUGGAGUGAAGCUUGCUUCAAGAGCUGGAAAGAUAUUAAUGAAUCCUGAUGAUGGUUAUAUUUUAAGAGAAGGUGACGAGGUCCUUGUUAUAGCAGAAGAUGAUGAUACUUAUGCUCCUGCCCCUCUACCAGAGGUGCAUAAGGGUUUUCUACCUAACAUUCCCACCCCUCCUAAAUAUCCAGAGAAGAUUCUAUUCUGUGGUUGGCGACGUGAUAUCCACGAUAUGAUAAUGGUUCUAGAAGCAUUUCUUGCUCCAGGUUCUGAAUUGUGGAUGUUCAAUGAGGUGCCAGAGAAAGAGAGGGAGAAAAAGCUGACCGACGGUGGUAUGGAUAUUUGUGGACUAACAAACAUUAAACUUGUACAUAAAGAAGGGAAUGCUGUUAUCAGGCGGCACUUAGAAAGCUUGCCUCUCGAGACCUUUGAUUCUAUUUUAAUUCUUGCAGAUGAGUCAGUAGAGGACUCCAUUGUGCAAUCUGACUCACGGUCUUUAGCUACACUUCUUCUAAUUCGGGACGUUCAGUCCAAACGUCUUCCAUCAAAGGAGUUAAAAUCACCUCUCCGUCACAGUGGCUUCUCUCACAGUUCUUGGAUUCGGGAAAUGCAGCACGCGUCAGACAAAUCAAUAAUUAUCAGCGAAAUACUGGAUUCCAGAACCAGAAAUCUCGUAUCUGUCUCCAAAAUCAGCGACUACGUUCUAUCAAAUGAACUUGUAAGUAUGGCAUUAGCAAUGGUAGCAGAAGACAAGCAAAUCAACAGAGUUCUUGAAGAACUUUUUGCUGAAGAGGGCAACGAGAUGUGCAUACGAUCCGCUGAAUUUUACCUAUACGAACAAGAGGAAUUGAGUUUCCUUGAUAUAAUGGUCAGGGCUCGUGAGAGAGAUGAGAUUGUGAUUGGCUACCGCCUUGCCAACACCGACGAGGCAAUCAUUAAUCCAGAACAGAAGUCUGAGAUUAGGAAGUGGUCGCUAGACGAUGUCUUUGUUGUGAUUUCAAAAGGUGACUAAUUUUACAAUGGCAUCUCACUUUUUUGAAGUGCAAUUGUAUAUUCCAGUAGUACUAAUUCCUUCUGAUAGAAAUGAUAACCGGGAAACAUACGUGAAAGUACAGCUCUGAUCUUAUCUGGGCCAUUAGCUCUGUACACAUUAAUUUCUGUAAACUCCAUAGCAUUCAGCUGAUCCGACAUAAAUAAUUCCAGUUUCACACCUGAAAUUA